AUGGCAGAAGAAGCAGAUCUCCAUACCAAAGAUGGAACCACUGAUUUCAGAGGCAAUCCUGCAAUCAAGAAGAAAACAGGAACCUGGAAAGCCUGCCCUUAUAUUCUUGGAAAUGAGUGCUGUGAAAGAUUGGCGUACUAUGGAAUCAACACCAAUCUAGUUAAUUAUCUCAAGUUUCAACUGAAUCAGACCAGUGUUGUAGCUAUUAAUAAUGUUACAAAUUGGUCUGGAACAUGCUAUGUCAUGCCAUUGCUUGGAGCUUUUCUAGCUGAUGCCUACUUGGGAAGAUAUUGGACAAUAGCUAGUUUCUCCAUCAUUUAUGUCCUUGGCAUGACAUUGUUAACGUUGUCUGCAUCUGUGCAUGGACUAAAGCCCUCUUGUGAUCAUACGAAUGUCUGCCAUCCGACAUGGCUGCAAACUGCGUUCUUCUUUUUAGGCCUGUAUCUUAUAGCUCUUGGUACAGGAGGGAUUAAGCCUUGUGUCUCUUCCUUCGGUGCGGAUCAAUUUGAUGAUUCUGAUGAGACUGAGAAGAAAAAGAAGAGUUCUUUCUUCAAUUGGUUUUAUUUUUCGAUUAACAUCGGAGCUCUUGUUGCUUCCUCUGUGCUUGUUUGGAUACAAACAAAUGUGGGUUGGGGUUGGGGUUUUGGUAUCCCAGCUGUGGCAAUGGCAAUUGCUGUUGUGAGUUUCUUCUCAGGAACCAAGUUGUAUAGGAACCUGAAACCUGGAGGAAGUCCCUUGACACCUAUCUGCCAGGUUCUAGUUGCUUCCUUCAGAAAAUUCCGAGUACAAGUUCCUGAUAAUGAGUCACUUCUGUAUGAGACUGUUGAUGAGGAAUCUGAUGUCAAAGGAAGCCGAAAGCUAGACCACACAAGACAACUAAGUUUCUUUGACAAGGCAGCAGUGGAGACUCCAUCGGACCUCGUCAAAGGUUCAGUAGACCCAUGGAGGCUCUGCACUGUGACUCAGGUGGAAGAGCUCAAGUCCAUAAUUAAACUGCUUCCAAUAUGGGCAACAGGCAUAAUAUUUUCUGCUGUUUAUAGUCAAAUGGGCACUUUGUUUGUCCUGCAAGGCAACACAAUGGACCUUCACAUGAGCCGAUCCUUUGAGAUCCCAUCAGCCUCACUCUCUCUCUUUGACACAAUAAGUGUAAUCUUCUGGGUGCCCAUUUACGACAGAGUCAUUGUCCCCAUUGCAAGAAAGUUCACAGGGCACAAAAAUGGAUUCACCCAGCUCCAGAGAAUUGCAAUUGGCCUUGUGAUCUCAAUCUUCGCAAUGUUGGUAGCUGGGAGUUUGGAACUGGUGAGACUCCAGGAAGUUAAGAAGCACAAUUAUUACAAGCUGAAGCACAUUCCAAUGUCUGUAUUUUGGCAGGUUCCUCAAUAUUUCAUCAUAGGAUGUGCAGAGGUGUUUACUUUUAUUGGGCAAUUGGAGUUCUUCUAUGAGCAGGCACCUGAUGCCAUGAGAAGCCUGUGCUCUGCUCUGUCACUCACGACAGCGGCGCUUGGGAACUACCUGAGCACACUUCUGGUGAAUAUUGUGACGGAUUUGAGCACUAGAAAUGGCAGCCCUGGGUGGAUUCCUGACAAUUUGAAUUAUGGUCAUCUUCACUAUUUCUUCUGGCUUUUCGCUGUUUUGAGUUUGGUGAAUUUGGGGUUCUAUUUCUUUGUAGCAAGAUCAUACACUUACAAGAGAACACUGGUAGCUGCAGAAUAGAACCUCCAUUAAUACGAAA